UUGUUUUUAAAAGUCGGACGCUGAUUGGCUGCGUGUUUGAUGACGCGUCGGUUUAAACCGGGGGGCGGCAGUGAGCUCAGUUUGAAUCCGAGAGACCGCAGCUCUACGCGGAGGCUAACGGACCGACACACCGACACCCGGAACCGGACCGUCAGCACUCAUGGCCUCCCAGAACAUGGACCCUGCAGCGGCGGCAGCUUCCUCCACAGCCGCUCUGAAGGGCAGCGAGAGCGGGGCCAGCGCCGCCCGAGGCUCGGUGUCCAAACGGCUGCAGCAGGAGCUAAUGACCCUCAUGAUGUCGGGGGAUAAGGGGAUCUCAGCGUUUCCAGAAUCAGAUAAUCUCUUCAAAUGGGUCGGAACCAUCGAUGGAGCUCAGGGGACGGUGUACGAGGGCCUCCGGUACCGGCUGUCCCUGGACUUCCCAGCUGGUUAUCCCUACCAGGCUCCUCGGGUGAAGUUUGUCACUCCGUGUUUCCAUCCCAACGUGGACGACCAGGGCUUCAUCUGCCUGGACAUCCUGAAGGACAAGUGGUCAGCCCUGUACGACGUCCGCUCCAUCCUGCUGUCCAUCCAGAGCCUGCUGGGAGAACCCAACAACGAGAGUCCACUGAACACAGCUGCAGCAGAACUCUGGGAGGACCAGGAGGCCUUUAAAGCUCAUCUACACUUGACCUUCCAGAAGUGAAGCAGCUCCACGUUUCCUUCUUCUUCUGUUCGUCUUCUGUGUUUGUACAAUAUUUUUAUGUUUGUUCAUUUCCUAUAUUAAUAAAGUUCUUAAUUCAACUCA